GUGUUGUGUUUACAUAUUUAAAUCAACAACACUGCGAUAUCAGUCAAAACUAUAUGUUUUCUUUAGGCUGGAGAUGUAAUUGUUGUGAGACCGCGUGAGCGCGCACUUAACGAUAGUGCGCGCGGCCCCGGAGUCGCUCGCUCCCACAGACGCACUGAGGCUCCUCACACAGCAACAGCGCAGGGUUCAACUCACAGGUGCUCCUCUCCGCUGCUGCUCAAACACACACACAUACACACACACAAGUGUUGGUUUUAUUUUGUUGUAAAAUUAAGAGGUCCGGGUGGAUCACCGGGAGAGGAGCUCAAACACACCGGAGGGAUUACCGGGAUUUGUACUUGGAGGAUGUGUGGUAUGGACGUGGACUUGGACGAUGGCGGGUCAGGCGAGGAGGAGAAAGAGGAGGAGUUCUGGGUCGGGGAGGGGGUGAAGAUGCUGCCCCCUCCUGUGGCCCACAGCGGGGGCAGCGCGUGGGGCAGCCGCAGGGACAGGUGUGGCUGCGUGGCCUGUGGGGCAGCUCUCAUCCUCUGGGACCUGUGUGUCAUCUUAGCCAGUGCUCUGCUCCUGGCUGUGGUCUUCUCCGUGGUGCUGCUGCCUGCAGUGCUGCUGCUGUACGCCGGUUUCCUCUGCCACUCCAGGGUCCUUGACGCCCCCUCUGCCAUCUGCCGUUACCUUGACGACAACAGCUGCUCCGCCCUCAUCAUCCUGGGCUUCGUGAUGAUGUCCCCACUCGUGGUUGUGGCAGCCGCCGUCUUCUGCGGGCUGCUCCGAAGGUUUCGACUCCUGCUCCUCAUUCAGCCGAUCACACGCGCCUGGUACAGAGGGCAGCUGUCGGACUGGGCGAGCAGUGUCCACGCCUGGGUCUGAUCAAGGCGCAGCAGGAGGCACUGAGGGUCGGAUAUGUUAACAGUCAGGGGGAUCAGAAUUUGUGAUGUGUGAUGUAAAAUCAACCUGAGAGACAGAGGGGGUAGACAAAAUAACAGGGACACCUGACAAUAUAGUGUGAGAAAUGUUGACUCAACUAGAUGCUACGCCCCCAGGAAGUGCUCCAGGCUUUGAAGCUCAUUCUUGUAGUGGCCAAACAAUGAAAUUACGACUUCCUGGUCCGUCAUGUGAUGCCACUGGGCCCAAAGUGACUAUUUCCCAUAGAGUUACAUUGUAAAAGACAUGCCUGUAAAUUAGUGGCUCCAUUUAUUUGACUGUCACAACACCCUCGAUAAGAUUCGUUUCACCAUCAGAAUUUGAUUCAUUCAGUUUGAUAACAUUUUGAAAGUCUAGAGGAGCUGCACGAUAAAAUCAUUUUAUCCCCAUUCAGCUGAGCGCUAAAGUGGAAGCUCACGAAAGUCUUUAGUGCGAUUGCUCUAUGGGCUCAACAGUGCAGAGGACCAGAGUACUUUUAUACCUCCGCACCUACCUUGGCAUCAUGCAUCACUCGGCAACUUUCAUAGGAAUCAUUGGGGCACACCUCCAAUAAUGUAUCCAACUCUCAUAGGCCCAGGCCACAUGUUCAUGGGUAUCUCGGAAAUUGAUUUUUUUUCUCUCUCUCUCUCUCCCUCCUUUAUUCUUAAAAAAAAUCCUGUUCAAACAAGCUCUGUUAAAAUAAAAUCUUCAUCCAAAUGCAAACACAAAAGGCAAUUGAGGCGCCAUCAAUAAAAUGCCAAACAAACAAAUAUAACCCUAACCCCGGAAGCCAUGUAGAGAGGUAGAAGAAAGAUAUUGGCCAAACAGAAGCCUGAAUAAAAGCUAUUACUGGAAGGCUCUCUGGAGCCGUGACCCCUAUAGCACUUUCUGACACCUCUGCUCCUCUGUAUAGUGGAAGACCAACUGUGCAUUUAUGUGUUAGCGUGUUAAAAGCCCUGUUAGCAAGAUGUGAACCAGCACUAUUUCUGUCAUGUCUGCCACUGCACAAAAUGCUCAUGUGUGAGCAUGUGUGUAAAGGAGAAAACGGCACACACUCUAAUGUUACGAGCCCUAAACUCAGUUUUGCCUGUCUACAUGUCAACACUGAAAUGUUUUUGAAAUCCUCAUCCUGGAAGCAGUUUUACACAAAGUCAGUUUUUAGACCUAAAACACUAUUUUGUGUAGACAAAAGGUCAAAACUCAUAGAAACAAGUUCAAAUAUCCGUGUAUGUGGAAAAGGCCUCAAUACAUCCAUGGGUUUUUAUGGACUAUUUUCUGGCUGGAUGUAGUUACUUCCUGGCGUCUCUGGCGUCCUCGCGGUGUUGGCAAGAUUUAGGCCCAAUCCUAAUACCCUCCCUUGUCUAUUACCCCUUAGCCAUUGGCGCUACCCCUACCCCUUGCCCACUACCCCUUGGCCCUCGAAAUGAAGCAACGAGGGGUAGGGGCAGGGGAAAUCUUUCCCUAGGAAUUGGGACAGCACUCACUACGUCACUGCGUUGGUUACGUUCACACAUACGUAACUAUUUUAAACAGGAAGCUGCGAGCCAUCUACAUUUCCAACCGGCAUCUACAAUGGAGUCUCCAGUUGACUUAAUCCUACCAAUUGCGUCUGCAUUAUUCAUCAUGCUUCGUUUGAUGAACGACAGACGACAGGGGACUUCUGCUAGCUAGAUAGCUAGCUAACCAGCUAACAUUAUGAGGCAGCAUGGUUAUACUAGCUGGCAAGUUAUCGUAAUGUGAAAAAUCUGACAAUUCUGCAGAACAGGACAGAUGACAGACACCAGAUAGUGCGAGCUAGCUAGCUAGCUAGCUAACAAGUAACCUGACGACGGCUGUGUAUGAACUUUUUUCCCCGUCUCUUCAUCAGUGGUAGCCAUGGCGACAUCUACCCUUCGCUGGCAAGUCAGCAUCUGAAAUCCCUCACUCUGACGGGCUAGUUUCAUACCCACUACCCCUUGUUAUGUCCUCUACCCAUACAUGCAAAAAGGAAUUGGGACACCCCUACCCCUCGCAGGAAGCUAAGCCAAUCACCUGCUGGUUCUAUCCUCUAUCCUCAUCGAGACCGAGUUUUGUAGCGUUGUUACUAGGUUGCGAAUUGAUGGUGUCUCCAUUAUUUUGUCUACCCCCUCUACAUUUAAGGUCAUUUUGUGAUUUGUUGAGAACAAGAAAAUACAAUUGUGGUUAUAAAGUCAUUGUAGCAGUUUCCACCUCAGUCUAUUUGUAUUGUUUGAGAAACCACAUACUUUUCUGUGAUUCAUGGCUUGAUGUCUUUUAACCUCACAUACAAACAUUAGAGAAUAUACUCUGCACUCAUUUGAUCCAAAGGAACAAAAUGCAUCUAGGGACAGUCCAGAAAAAAUGCUAAUGAAAUAAUUUUUGUAAAAUGAAGGACAAAUAAAUGCAUAUCAAUAUUGCAAUAUCACAGCUGCAUUAACACAAGCAAGACUCAAAGGAAUCGUCAUGUUCUUUAGAUAAGGUAGCAGUUUUAGGACAGUAAUACAUUAUUAUGGUAGUAUUCAAUUACAUUUUGUAUAUAACCAACUAA